GGCUGACGUAUUUAAGUCGCAAAACUGCCAUUGACUGCCGGAAAAUACGCACACAAGAACCGCAGCUGUCUAAUCCGAUGGCUGCGUCUGUUUCUUGACAAAUACGCAGUAGAACUAAGCUCUUUUCCUGUUACAUAGACCUCCAACUUACAGCUGCGUUUAUACCCAUACAACCACGAAUGCCCUACAGGUAAUGGAGGACCUUCGUGACGAGUUGGACGCCAGUGUCCUCUUCGGCUCCGGCUACAUAUGCGUCGUAGGACCACCGAGCAGCGGGAAGACAACGCUCGUGCUGAAUUACCUCGUCGCCCGCGAGCGCUACUUUAACUCGCAACACCGCACCGCGGUCCAAGGCAGCGGAGGGCCCACCUUCUGCCUGGAGUACGUGGGGGCGAGAAGUGCCUCCAAUGAGCUGCUGCGCCUCAUUAUGCGGCGCCUGCACCCCGACGCUCGGCACCGGCGGCUCAGUUAUGAAUGCACCCCGCUGGAGUUUGGGGCGUCGCUCAUCCAGUGGCUGGAUGCGCACGGCGAGGGGUCGGAGCUGCACCUUGUUGUCGACGAUGCCGAUCUCCUCGACUACGACGUGGCGGAGAUGAACUUGUGGCUCGCACACUGCCUACGCUCCCCGGCCGCGCAGACGCGCACGGUGCUGCUGUGGAUGGUGUCAGAGCUGCCGCUGCGCCUCGCGGACUGCUUCCGCUUCCACUUUGUGGCGCGCCUAGAGCCGGACAGCGUCGUGCAGUGGCUGCUGCGGCAGUACGAAGACGAACGGCGCGUGUGCGCCGACACCGAGGAGGAAGAAGAGCCAGCAGCGGCGGCAGGAGGUGCGGUGACGACGUCGCAGACGCCGCUGAUCACCGUCGGCUCGGACGACGUAAAUCGGGUAGUGUUGGAAGCCUUCACCUACUACGCCACGCGGCAGCCGAUGCGGUCGUCCGUGGUGAGCCGCGAUGUGCGACUGCUCGUGCAGCGCGUCUACCAACUUCUCCCCCCGCUGCUGCUCGAGUCGUGCGCGGCGGCCGGGCCGGGUGCUGCCGAGGAAAGAAAACUCAACGCCCGCCACUUCGCCGCGGCGUGGGGUCAACACCGAAGUGAGGGCGGCGGGGAGACGACCGCUGCACCGGCGCACGACCCGCUCGUGCCCGCCCUGCGCCGAAUCGGCUACUCCGCCGUGUUGCUCGCGUUUGCCGCGUUCUACGGCGGUGCCGUGCCGAAGCGCAAGCAGCAUCAAGUCUUUGGCUGCCUGCACGCUGAGGAGCGCACGGCUGCCCUGCGUGAGACAAAAGGGCAGUCCCACAAAGCUGCCGUGCUGACGGCCUCGGCGCACGUGCUAACGGUGCGCCGCCUUGCUUUUCUGUACGACUCGAUGCUGCGAAUGUGCACUCCGCACAUUGAUCCGCUGGAGUUCACGACGGCAGAUGUGGCGAUGCAGUACGUGCAGGGCUUCGUUGCCUGGGGACUUCUGACCCCGGUGGUGACGCAGCGACACCGCUCGUAUCAUUGCUGGAUUCCGGUGAGCACAGCGCAGCAGCUAGCCCGUGAGCUGUCGUUGAGCUUGUUUGACUUGAUUCCUUCUUGA